AUGCAAGCAGAGGCUGCUUCGGUCGCUGCUGCUGUUGCUGUUGCUGCUGGAGUCGCCAGGCUGGAGUUUCCCAAGAUGAGAACAGAAGGCAGAUGGGGGGACAGGCCGGCUACUGCCAUUGAGCAAGGUAGGCAGGCGGGGGGGGGGCGGUUCUGCCUCGCGGAUGGUUUCUUAUUUUUUUCGGGGGGGGGGGUCUGGCUUCAUGUGCCAAAUCCUACAGCUUGUGGUGGGAGGGGGAGGUUGGGGAAGGCUCUGUCUUGGGAUCCCUUCAAAGUUUGCGGGGAAGGGAUCUGCUUGUGCAAAAUGACCGGGUCGCUUUUGGCUGCGGUGGGGAGGUGACCAGCAGGAAGGCACUGCUCCCCACUCUCCGUAGCUGGGCUGGCGGACCGCAUGGGGAACUACAGUACAGUACGUGAAGAAAUGCAUGUGAGCAUCUGACGAACACCCCUUUUUGCGAAUAUUCUUAAAGCCAGAGUUCAUUUUUUUUAAAGUAGUGCCUAACUGCACCGCUGCUGCCCGUACUUGACUAAUGGUCUCUCGGCUUUUGGCUUAGAAGAGGAGGAUCGAAAAGGAGGAGAGCAGGUCGGGUUGCCCUAUGGAAAUCUGUGCGUGAAUUCCUAGUGGCGGGAUCGUCUGGAACUGAUCUGCAGGGUUAUCCAUUGGGAUUUAUGGAGAUCUGGGGGUAUUCUGACUCGCUUGAAGGCGGGAGACGUUUCCACAGUGGAGAAAGGGUGACUUAUUGCGAAAAGUUGUGAAUCGUCAUGGAAAUGGCUACCUCAAAAGCACGGGUUUCAAAAUGCCACAGAAUCUUGUUGGAUUCCCACCCCCAGCCCCCAUCAAAGAAGGGAAAGUCUCCUUACCAAAUCCACAAGCUUGGCUAAAAGGAAUUGUGUGGGUCACACCAGUGGGCGUGGGGAAACCCUCCUCCCUUUUCGCCCACAUUUUCGGUGCUCUUAGGAAUGCAGAUAAAACUUUCUGGCAUAAAAGCUGCUGAGUUUGCCUUUCCGUUUUCAGGAGCAGCAGAUAAAGGGGUUCAGCCCAGCUGAUUCCAGGUCUGUUCAAUCUUACUGCAGUGUGCUUUAGUUUUAUUAACUUUUAAACCCAAUCAGAGAAUUGAGUCCAAUUAGGUGUUUCAUAUCACACUGUUCUGUAAGGUUUUUUUCUCUUUCAUGGAAGGUAAACUGAAGUGAUGAGUAAAUCCUAGCAUGGAAAUAAUCCAUCUUCUCUCCCUUCAUCUUGUUAAAAAGAGAGAGGCUUGGCAAAGGUCUUCACAAGCCUGCUAUAAAAAUAGAGAUAACUUCUUGUUUUAAAAAAAAAUUGUAAAAAAAAUGGGGGGGCACAGGAAAAAAAACUCAAGUGGAAUUCACUAGGUUUUAAAAAAUGGAAUGGUUGUGUAAUAACCCCCAAAUUUCUCAAUUCACUUGGAAAGCAAAGUUACACCCUGGGAUUGAUGAACAGUUUGUACAAUGCCAUUUUUACUUCCUUACGUAGGGCCCAUCCAUCCAAUCUCUCCCCCCCCCAUUCCUCCCCCACACAAAUAGACAAUGUCACCAGAACCUGCUGUAGUUCAGUGAACAGUGCUCUAAUUUUACACAAAUGGAUUGUUUAGUCUCCAAGUUCAUCCAUGGCCAUUCCUACCAUUGGACAAUGUGAGGUAACCUGCCUCAAGCAGGUUUUGUGCUGUAUUGUUUUAAAAGGCAGCAAUAUAUCAUUUUGUUCAUUUUUAAAAUAAAUUAUACAAUUUAUUUUUCACCAUGGAGGCAUACCUUGGAUCUUCUGCCCCCAAGUGACUCGGUGUUUAGAGUAAUCUCUGGCCUUUAGAUCCAACCAUAGUAUGGGAUCAAUUGACCACCAUAGAGGGGAGUGGGAUUGUAUGGCUGUAAAGUAUUUUACCCACUCCAGAUUUUUUUUAAAAAAAAUUACGCAUGUAUAUAGUAGCAAAUGGCACAUUUCCAUUGUCUAGAAAAUUGCGACGGUGGUGCAUCACAACAGAGCUUCGUCUUGGAUGUAGCUAUGAAAUGUUCCAUAUUUUUUUGAGAAGCUUUAAAUUUCCAGCACCAGAUUCCAAAGUGGAACAACUGAGACAGACACAUUUUUUUCUGCCCAAAUUAUAGAGAGGGAAAGUAGUAAUAAUUUUGUUUUCGGGUGGGGCAGGGGGUCUCUCGGAGCUGAGGGCUGUAGUAGUGGCUGAUUUUCAUCCUUCUCAUAGUAUAACUUCAAUCCAAAGUCAACACAAUAUCAUAUUCCCUUAAUCUUAACAUACAUGCUUGGUGCUUUUUGGCAAGCUGGAAAUGAACAUUGCUUCUCAUUGGUGGCACUAGAUAAUUGAUGGGUGUGACUGAACUUAGUUACUAUUACUUUUUAAAAUAUCCAUGUGCUGUACAAAUUGAAGGAAAAAGAAGAAACUCCUCUGUGUGUGCGUUCUGAAUAACCUGCAAUAGUUGUUUCAACAUGGGGUAUAUACUAUGAAAUACUUUCCGUGGCACUUGGAAUUUGGUUGCAGUUGGUAAGCCCAAUAACCUUCUCAGCUAAUGGUGCCCUUUAAAUGAUGGCCAUUAACUAGCUGCCUUGUCCUUGCAUUGGCUUGGGCGGAUUAAGAACCCAGGAGAGUUGCUAUUGUCAUGCUUUUGACACUGAUGUGUUGGUCCAGCAUCAACUCCUUGCUUGUAACCCUGGUGAAACUGCCCACAUGUUAGUAGGCCUAGGGAAGACAGGUGCCAGGAUAAAGUUGGGUGUGCUUCCAGCCAUCGUUGAGCCUUUAUUUUAUGUGGUGCAAUGGAUAGUCAGAAACAUUCUUUUAUGUAGCAUCACUAGUUUGCUGCAAUGCUUUUGCAGCAGGAGGGUGGCCGCUAUUACAUUCUCCAGAUGUUGUGGGGCUGCAGCUCCCAUGAAUCUUGUCCUCUAUAUAUUUCUACCUUUGGCCAUGCUGGUUGGGGAUGUUGGUAGUUGAAGUCCAACAGCAUCUGGAAGACAUCACAUUGGCAUUGCUUGUUUUAGAAACUCCAUGGUGAGGAAGGACUGCCUCCUGUCUAGGCACUUACCAGGAUAAAAUCUGCUUUUCUUUAAUGGCAUCACAGACGCUUAAAUCAUUCCCUGUACUUUUUCUGUGGGUAUUAAGAGUUAAACAAGAUACGACUGGGCAGAGCCAUGCUCCUUUUAUUAAUAUGUCUUUCCCAUUCACAUAUAAACUGUGGAGGCAUCUACAACAAAAGGAGUGAACUGAUUAUGGUAGCCGAACCCUCACCGCACCUUGCCUCCCUUGCAAUCUGUUGCAGAAAGUGCCCCGUGGAAGCGAUUGAUUGAACAAACCUUCUGUGAUGCUUCCUUGGUGGCCUAAGAUCUGGCACUGUAUUUUUCAGAGACCAAAGCUUUUAUUCAUGGUUGCCUGUUCCCUUGUUUGGCAAGGUCCGUUGAAGGAGCACACUGCCCUGGGCAAGACCCAGCUGCUUGCGGCGAUGUAGCAAUUCCUCUCUGCCAAUUUGUGGGUGGCGUUUUGGCUUUUCCAGUGUGACAUCUAGACCACUUUGCUAAGAAAAAAUGGAGAGGGCAGUGAUUUUUUCCAGUCAGUAUUAGUGCAAAAUACCUAACAAGUUUUACUCUUGGUUCAAUGUGCGAUCUCUGUAAGUAAGAGAAAAUUAACUUUAAAGCAAAUGGUAUCAUCAUACUUUCAGGAUGCGCUCCAGCCAAAUCCCAAAGCAUUUGCAGGUGCAGAGCAGGGCCAGCGGGUGGUCUGGCCUUCAGACGGCCUGUAGAGAUUCCUGAGGGCCAGAUAGAGGCCUGGAAGCUGCAUUUGGCCCCUGGGACUGAGAUGCCUCACUCCUGAUUUACAGGAUGGAAUGGUGGUGGAUAGGUUUGCUAAGACACUGGAGAGAGAGAGAGAGAGAGAGAGAGAGAGAGAAAGAGAGAGAGAGAGACUACAAACUUGUUUAUCUAUGGUAACUUGUACUGUCUCCUUUUCCCUCCCCAAGAAUCCUGGUUCUUAUUUGGUGAGCAUACUGAAACUUUCUGUUAGAGAUCAACAGAAUUCCAGUUCCCAGGGUUCCCUUGGGAGACGGAUUGACUCUUUGAAGCAGUUUAAGUCUCUAGUGUGCUAUAGAUAUACCUUGAAAGUUUGUGCCAGGGUGAUAAACCACAAAAAAGUGCUACACUUUGGUACUGGCCAAUGACAGGUUAACAAAUCUUUGUUUAUACUCCUGCGGUAAGUCCAUGUGGCUCUUUUGCUGUGUGAGGGUUACUGAGUGUGCUUAGGACGGGUUUUGUUUUUAUUGUCCUAGUAAAACUUUGUGGCUGCUUUCCUUGAACCGCCAAGGAAUUUAACAACUGAUGGAGUAACACAAUUGCAAGUUGGCGUGGAACUGGCUACUUUUUCAGGACCUGCCAACCCUUAUUGCUUAUUUACUACUUUGCGUUUAUUACUUGAGCUUUUGUUUAAAACCUUUGGCUAUUGAUGAUAAAAAUAUACAGAAGAUACAUACAUUGUAUUCCAUUUCUGUGCUGGUUUCAAAGGAAGGGAGAUAAUUUUAUUAUUUAUAAAGACUUUAAUAGACUUGCUUAGGUGACUGCAAAAGUAUUCAAUUUUCAGUGUCAAAGACUGCGUUGUGAAAUAGAUGUACACUCCAUCAAAUACAAUUAAGCUUACUUCUGAGGAAACACACAUUGGAUUGUGCUGUACAGGUCUGAAAUCUGAAAGCUGGCAUAUUCCUGCACCUAUAUUGGCACUCAUUUUAUCUAUUUGUAUCUCCUGUAAUUGGACUGGACAGAAGUUUUGUAGCGUGUUACAUUACUUUGUGAGUUGUUCCCAAGUAAGUGUUCACAGGAUUGCAGCCUUACAGCAGAAGCUUGUGCAUGUUUACUCAGAAGUAGGACUCUUUCUCAUUGGUGGUUCCCCACUUGUUGCAGAAUUCCUUCCUCAAUAACAUUCAUCUGGCACCAGUGCUGUUCUGUUGUCUUUGGGUGCCAGGCUUAAACAUGUUGUGAUUUUAAAUGAAAUGAAUUUCUACCACUGAGUCAUGACCCUUCCAUGUUCCUCCUUCUCUGGUGUAGUAGAGUACAGUUUUGUGCUUUGUAAUAAUAAUAUAAUAAUGAUUUAUCAUUUGUACCCCGCCUAUCUGGCUGGGCCUCCCCAGCCACUCUGGGCAGCUUCCAACAGAGAUUAAAAAUACAUUAAAACAUCAUUCCGUAAAAACUUCCCUAAACAGGGCUGCCUUCAGAUGUCUUCUAAACGUCAGGUAGUUGUUUAUCUCUUUAGAUUUUCAAAAACAAGAAACAAUAUUAGAUAGCAGCCUUCCCCCAUUUCAGCUUCAGACCAAGAUACAGGUGUGAAGAUCAAUCUCAUAGCAAGAAAAACAAGUAUUUCCUGAUUAAGUUCCCUGUGUAUACUCACUUGAGUGAAAAACGUUCCAUCUCCUAUUGCCUGGAUUUCCACUGACUGAUCAGAAUCUAAGAGGAGCAACGGGUUCCAAAGAGUGCUAAAGGUAGGAGGAAAUUGUGUGUUAGACUAUUACUCCUCUGAAUGGAAUUUUUCCUUGCACACACUACAUCUCUCCCCAUCGAUUUACUUUUGAGAGCUGAGUUUCUGCCUCUCCGAAGCCUCACCCACCCAGCAUGUGGGAGCUUGCCAAAAUGCAUGUAGACAACCACUUCAGCCGCUAGCAAUGAAAUUUUCCUAUUGGGAAAUGUGGUUGUGAACAAAGGCUAAGCAGAGGGAGACUGAGCAACUGAUUAGUCGCCUACAAACACUGAUCUGGCUCCCACCCUCUUUCCCCUUUAUUAGUUUCCAUUGUAGAGUUACACCAGCAAGGUACUCACCUCAAAAAGGAUAUUGUAAGGUCAGAAAAGGGCAACUCACGCAAUCAAGGCGAUAGAGCAAUGAAAAAAGGUUACAGCAAGUAGAAGAAGUGAUAGAAGUUUAACAAUUUUUGCAUGGCAUGGAGAAAGUGGGUAGAGUAAAGUUUUUCUCCAUCUCUCAUGGAACUCACGGGCAUGCAGUGAAGCUGAAUGUUGGAAGAGCCAGGACAGAAAAAACCAAGUCCAACCUCAUGCAGCACGUAGAUAAACUAUGGAACUUGCUCCUCCGUGAGGCAGUGAUAACCCUCAACCUAAGAAGAUGGCUUUCAAAGAGAGUUAGACAAAUUCCUGGAGGAGAGGGCUAUCAAAGGCUACUAGCCAUGAUGGCUGCUCUCUGCCUCCACAGUUGGAGGCAGUAACGCAUCUGAAUACCAGUUGCUGGAAACAGAGGAGAGAGUGUUCUUGUACAGUGGUACCUCAGGUUACAUACGCUUCAGAUUACAGACUCGGUUAACCCAGAAAUAGUACCUCUGGUAAGAACUUUGCUUCAGGAUGAGAACAGAAAUCGUGCUCUGGCGGCGCAGCAGCAGGAGGAGGCCCCAUUAGCUAAAGUGGUGCUUCAGGUUAAGAACGGACCUCUGGAACGAAUUAAGUACUUAACCCGAGGUACCACUGUACUCAGGUCCUGCUUGCAGGUUUCCCACAGGCAUCUGGUUGGCCACUCUGAGAACAGGGUGCUGAAAAGAAGAGGGUUAUGCCUUAACCAUUACGACUAUCCCAUUGUCCUUGGCUCAGAUAAGAAGGAACCAAGGAGAGCAAAUAAAUCAAAAUAAACCCUCUUCUUCCUUUUGCUUGCUCAUGCAAGUUUCAGGCUAAAGCGAACUACGGUGAACUUAAUUAAGUAAACUUGACUUAGGUGUCCCUGUCACUUGAAGUACAAACUCAAGUGGUGUUUCAGAAGCUCUAUUUCAUAAAUGAUGCCGAGAGCUAGACCGCGGACGCUUAUAGAAUAAGCUUCAAAAAGCCUCUUGACAUAGCUCAAGACACAGGUUAGCAUAUACUCUCUCUAAAAAAGAGACAGUGAUUGUGAAUGCUCUUCAACACUUUUUUUUGAAAAGUGAAAAAUAAGGAAUGAAAAUGACAACCUUUCCUCCAUGCGUGCGCGCACACACACAUACACACACACACUCCAACAUUAUAAAUAGCCAGUUUAGGCUUUUCAUGUCAUAGCUUGGUUGCAGCUUAGAAAUUAAAAGAGAGUGAAGUGGAACCAGCUGCAGUUGACUCCUCUGCAAAUGUAUUUGUGAAUUUAAGCGAUAGGAUUGAUUGGGAGAUAUGUGUGGGGCUCAGUGCAUAGGCUAUUUAUUUUCUGUGGAAGAGCUUCUGGAGCGGGGAAGAUGGUUCAUGUGAUAUGUGUCCUGAUAAUGGUGAACAAUAUCAUGCCAACGGAGAUCUGCAUAGACAAUAGAUGCAACUUUCUGAUGGCAGCUCCAGUGAUUGCAGUCUUUCAGCCACUGCGAUGGCACAGUCCCAGGAAAUCCAGUUCAGCUGCAGUUGUAUCAAUGGGCGACUUGAUUGACAAGUGACUGUUCUUCAUGCAGCUUGGUCUUGGAAUAAGGACAGUCAGGGUCGUAGUGUGGAAGAUUCCUGGAAGGUGCGCAGAUUCUGCUGAGGCCCAGUAAGGUGAAAUGUGGCCACAGUGGAACGUUGUGCCAUCUCUACUUGUGGGUGCAUAAGGCAGGAGUGGGGUUGAUGCGAACAGAUGCAUGAGAUUUGUGCGCCACUGUGGGGGAACGACUUGGGACUGAUUGGAUAGGCCUGAGAAAAGGAAGUGGUGAUGCAGCGAACAUGUUGCUUUGUUCACCAGACACUGAAGGGCUGAGCUCACUACUGCUUUGCUUGGAGCAAGAGAUUUCCAGGCUAUCCAAACAGCUGUAAAAGUUCUUGCUCUGCAAUAGUCUUGCAAGCUGGGGAGAGGGGAGGGGGUGACGUUUAUGUGAUGGAAAGGAGCAGAAAAUUGCUUUUCCCGAAUGAUUUCUUCUCUCUUCUUGUGCAUUGGCUACCGGCCAACCAUGCUGGAAACUCUGCUCACAUGACAGGAGGAGAGUGGGUGUGAGGAAAGAGGCCCACAACAAGAGAAAAUGGGGAUGAGGCGGUGGAAAAACAAAAAGCAAGUGAAUAUCUGGCCAGGCUGAGCUUUGAAUCUGUACUGUAGUUUAUGCUGGGAAUGCUCUAGGUCCUAGAGCACUCAGACGUGGGUAAUUCUAAGUGGGCUACUUUUGGAAGAUGGAGCAUUAAUCCUUCCAAACCCAGAAUCUAAUUGAUGGAGCAGGAAACAUGCAGCUCCUAUGACUGUGUUCUUAAGUCAUGAUUCAGCCAUGGUUUAUUGCAAUGGGAAUAAGCCCAGCCAGCCUCAAUUCCCCAGGCCUGCACAUUUCCGCCCCCCUCCUUCUCCACUUCCAGCAUGGCUGAGAGGAGCAGUUCAAAAGGUUUGCUUCCUUUUUUGUUUGACUGCAGCUUCUCAUAUUUGUAUGAGCUCCCCAAAAUGUGGAUAAUCUUAACUAUGGUUUGUUUGAAACAAGUCAACUUUAAUAUGUGAUUGAUGAAGCUGGCUUGUUUCAGCAAACAGCGGUUAGGAUUUCAUCACAGUUUAGGGCUCCGAUGUAUCACUAAACUGUGUUUAAUCAAAAUGGGAAGCAAAGGCUCCUGGUCACCUCAUCACAGUCACACCAGAGGAGAAAAGAGGGGAAGGCUAGGCUAGUUCCCAUCAUGAUGAAUGGUUUAUUUACUCUACAAGUGAUAAGCUAUGACAGUGCCUGUUCUUUUGGUUAGAGACAUAUACCAUGGGUAGGCAAACUAAGGCCCGGGGGCCGGAUCCGGCCCAAUCGCCUUCUAAAUCUGGCCCGUGGACGGCCCGGGAAUCAGCAUGUUUUUACAUGAGUAGAAUGUAUGCUUUUAUUUAAAAUGCAUCUCUGGGUUAUUUGUGGGGCAUAGGAAUUCAUUCAUUCCCCCCCAAAAAACAAAUAUAGUCCGGCCCCCCACAAGGUCUGAGGGACAGUGGACCUGCCCCUGCUGAAAAAGUUUGCUGACCUCUGACAUAUACAGUCAUACCUUGGUUCUCGAACGCCUUGCGACUCGAACGUUUUGGCUCCUGAACACUGCAAACCUGGAAGUGCGUGUUCUGGUUUGUGAAUGUUCUUUAGAACCCGAACGUCCAACAUGGCUUCCACAGCUUCUGACUGAGUGCAGGAAGCUACUGCAGCCAACCAGAAGCCGCGCCUUGGUUUUCGAACGUUUUCAGAAGUGGAACGGACUUCUGGAACAGAUUCCAUUUGACAACCAAGGUACGACUGUACUAGGAAAGCAUAAUUGCCUUUGACUAACAGUUCAAGAUGAUCUUUGUUGCCAUGUGAAAUCGCAGGCUGUGCACUACAUGGUGCCUUAGCAUACAUGUGCAUGUAUCUGCAGGUAUGCACACUAGGGAUAAGGUGGAUCUGGGUCCAAGAUUUCUCUUCAGGAGCUGGACCUCUAAGGAAUGAACAAUCUAGCUCAACUAACAGAAUUUUAACAUGCCCCUCCAAAGGCAAAAAUGGGGACAGAUUUACCAGGUACAAGAUUCAGGAUGUUGUGACUGCCUUUGGUAAAUAGGGACAACUGGAGCAUACAUGUCUGUGAACCAGCCCUCCAUCUGUCAAAGAUUUUGUGAGUUCCAUGAGAUCAUGCUUUCCUGCAACUAAUGCAUGUCUGAAGCCAAGGUUAGUUAGGAUUGAUAGCGCUGGGCCAGAUGAAGCAUUGGCCUGGCUUAGGCGUAUAUUCCUUAUCUUCUCAGUUGUGCGCCUUUUUAAUGAACUGCAUUUACAAAGCCAUGAAAUCAUCAGAGUUAACCUCCCCAUUUCCUUCCUACAAUCUUGGCUGACAAACUGCAUUACUGCAAGCAGCUCAGGCAAGAGCGAUAAUUGCGCUGCUCCUCUGCCAGGACUGAGGAUGAAUAGGCUUGCAUAUAGCAAUGAUUACAUCAGCCUGAUAGCAUGUUGGAAUAAGAGAGUGCUGGCAGGUCCAUAGCACCUCUUUAGGAGGGAAGUUGCUCCUAUUAGGGCUCAUCCACUUCUGGUUUUGAGCAGCAUCAUCCUCUGUUCUUUUUCUUUCUGGUGGUAUCAUCUAAAGUUAUUGUUUAGCAAGCAGCAGCAGCAUAGUGGCCGUUGAAAUUCCCAGCCAGUGCCUCCGUUUUGACCAGUGCAGGUGCUCCCACCUGGGCACGUCUGUUUGAGCAGCCUGUUGUAAUUAUUUAUGUCAGCGUCCGCACAGGGCAAACACCACCUUGUCCUUUUUCAGGUGUCACUUGGCAGCUGUGGUCAGUAAGGACAUGAAUAGUGGCCUGUUCCUUACUCCCCUGGCCCUGGCUAGCAGUUGAGGGAUGUUGCUGGGAGCUACAGGGUGCCUGUGCAGAUGCAGCUGUUGGUUACACUCCCUAAGCAAUAAUGUUUGCAAUUAGGACAAGCUUUGCAAAAAUUGAGCUGCUAGAUCAAAGCCCGGAGGUCUGGCGAGAGUUCAGGUGUUAGUUGUAACUGACUUGUUGAGUAGCCUUUGAACUCUGCAAGAGGCACCCAACUAGCAAUUAAGAUUAAAAUUUAAAGGGAAAAGAACACAUCUCUUGAAAAGAAAUCCAGUUUAAAUCUGCUGAUUAUCCUUAAUGUAUCGCAGUAACACACUCCUGUGAUAUUGCUGUGUGGUUGUAUUUUUUAAAAAAGAGAGAUGCUUUUUUCAUUUUCAUCCAAGGUGUCUGUCUUUCCCUGAUAGGCUUGAUGUUGCCUGAUGGGGCAAAAGUGCCAUAAGCUGUUGCAAAUAUUUGUAGUCUACAUGCAAAGCCAGUCUGGAGUUUGGCUUAAGGGCAAAUAAUGAGUGCCAAGAGAGGUGGAAAGGGCACCAGCUGCGGUUUUGAGCUAGCUUGAAAGACAUUUCUAAGGACCUAACAAAACAUUUAACAUACAAAGACACGUUGCAUGCUUCUAGCAAACCCCUGACAAAGACUGUUAUUUUUGUUUAUAGUAAGCAAAUGUCUAAAAACCCAAGGUGGAGGUGUGGGUUGGCAAGUAGGAGCAUAAUUUAGGGGUACAGAAAUCAAUGGGCAAUGAAAAGGAUUCGACCCUCACGACCCACUUAUAGUGGUUUUCCUUUCCUUUCCCUUUCUUUAUUUUCCUUUUCUGCGGGAAGGAGAGUAAUCAGAAUGUUGUGUUCAUGUUUAGUAGUAUAUAGCGGGACACACAAAAUAGGUAAGCUGUGAUGUUAUUAUCCAAAUGGUACCAUCCAAUUAAGAAAAUCUAGUCCAUUAAUAAAUCAGAUUGGCACAUGAAUGCAAUUUCUGACGAAGAAGUAAAAUGCAUAUGGCAGGAGGAAUACUUAAUACCAUUAAUAUGUGAUGAUGGCGCUUUGCAAAGUUCCAUGCCCUGAGCUGUAUACCAUUUCAAAUUCAACAUACAGGAGUUAACAGAGGAUGGAACUGGAAAUGGAGUAGGGUAAACAGAACGCUGGAUUGAGGUGAGACAAUGAAAGAAGAGGCUAUUCCAGUCCAGGUGAGAGGCGAUAUGGGUGUGAACUUGAUGUUUUGCCGAGAGUGUUCGUAUUUUUGUAAAGAGAGGGUAAUAUGACUUGGCAGCGGACUUGAUAUGGUGAGUGAGGAGUCAAAGUUGAAGACAAGGCUUUGUUACAUGUUCAGCAGGGUGGAUGAAGACUAAACACCCAGCCUUAAUAAGUGAAAUGGUUGCAAUUACAUUCUGAUGACUUGAAAAGGCUUUCAGCUGGGCAGGAAUUGUGGGUGGUGAGGAUGAGCAUAACAGGAUGGUUGCGUAGGCCUAGGGUGUGGCUUCUGUGUUAGGGGAUACGAAGCUCGUACCAAGGUAUAAGCGCUAAAGUUGUUCUGGAAGAGAAGAGGAGAGUAGACCCUCCCUCUCCUUUGCAGAUGUUUAGCUGGUUUCUCGCCAAGCAAUAGUUUUGUAGCAGCCAAGAGAGGAGUAUGCAGUGCACGCCUCUGUAUAUACACAAUAUAACAAAGCAGGAAGGGUGGAAGUCCUCUGGGUAAUCAGCCUCUUGGGAUUCCUCCUCCUUUUUUUUUUAAAAAAAGUGAACAAAAUCCAGGUUGUGUUUUUUUUUCAUUUAGGGAGCAGAAUGAUGCAAACUUCAUGGGACAAUACUGGUGUUUCUUAGCAGGUUCUUUAAUAGCCAGCCUCAGCCAAACAUUACUUUAUAAGGUGCUAGAAAUGUUCCAGUUCCUAGCCGGAGGAAUUCCUGCUCAUUUGUUGGAAUUUUCCUUUCUAUGGAGGGUGGGGUAUCCUGAAAGGGAACCAUCCUCUUAAAAUUGAGAUGAAUCCAAACACUCCCAUAUUCAAUGAUCAUUAUAAACCAAUGAAAGCCUGCAUCUUUCCCCCCUAAAUGGAGAGGAUGACUUAAAUCGGGGAAAAUAGCAUGAGACUGAUGGUGGACACACAUACAUAAUACUUUAAAACAAGAGUCCACAUUUCCUCUUGAGUAUUGGGCUGUGUGCUGAUGGGACCUGUCACAGCCUCUUAGCAAAAUGGCAGAUCACCUCCUGAAAUAUCAUUGAGAUGUGGUCUUAGCUACCUUUGUGGUUCAAGUGUUGAACUUAGGCCAGGGAGACCUGGACAUGGCUAUGAAGCUUGCCAAGUGUUGUUGGGACAGUCACUGUCUCAGCCUACCUUACCACGCAGGGCUGUGUGAGGAUAAAAUUAGAGCAAGGGACUAUGUGCACUAACUUAAAUAGCUCCUUGGAGAAAAGGUUGGGCAUAAAUUUAGUAAAAUGAUUGGGUGAGCGAAUGGAUAAGUCUGUGUGCCUUAAGUAUUAUCUGACCUUUAAUCUGUCCUCGGAUGGGGGCGGGGGGAAUCACCAGUGAGGAAGAGAAAACCUUUGUUCUCUUGUCUCUUCCCGAGCAUAUUCAGCUGGCUUGGUUGCUCAUAAGAUACUUGGGCCAUUGAAAUACCGUAUUUUUUGCUCUAUAAGACUCACUUUUUCCCUCCUAAAAAGUAAGGGGAAAUGUGUGUGCGUCUUGUGGUGCGAAUGCAUGCUGCGCAGCUAUCCCAGAAGCCAGAACAGCAAGAGGGAUUGCUGCUUUCACUGCGCAGCAAUCCCUCUUGCUGUUCCGGCUUCUGAGAUUCAGAAUAUUUUUUUUCUUGUUUUCAUCCUCCAAAAACUAGGUGCGUCUUGUGGUCUGGUGCGUCUUAUAGAGCGAAAAAUACGGUAAAUUUGUUGAUUUUAUUUGUUUGCAUUUUUAAACACUUUAGUAAUGUUUUUUUAAAAUAAAAUAAUAAUAAAAAUGUUGCAUGUGAUAGCAAAGCGGUUCAUUUUUUGGUUUUCUUUCCUGGUUUCUAUUUGUUUUCAUGGAUAUGUAUUCUUUCUGUAUUAUUGGCUGGAGGGAAUGUACUGAUUAGGAAUGGGAGACCAGCAGCAGUUUCCUAAAUAGAUAGGUCUUAGUUAUUCUCUCUGACAUAUGCUCAGUUCCAUUUUUAAGUGUCUGUAGAUAUUUGGGGAAGUUAAUAUUUGUGGGAUUCUAAAUUCUUUACAUUCCUGGAUGCAGAGGCUCUGUUUUGCAUAUUGCGCUUACCCCCUGCCCCACUCUCUGUCCCUUGAUACCUUGCUCACAAUUGGCUUUGUUCUAUCUCCAGAGUUGGAGGCAGUGUUGCUUCUGAGUACCAGUUGCUGGAAACCACAGGAGGGUGGGGUGGAGAGUGCUCUUGUCCUCAGGCCCUGCUUGCAGGCUUACCAUGGGCAUCCUGUUGGCAGGAUUAGAUGGGCCACUGCCUGGGUCCAACAGGGUUGCUCUUAUGUUCCUGUAAUUUUAUUUUAUGUGUGGGAAUCUCUUUCUCUUAAAUACUGAUCGCCACCUUUCCCCAAGUUUCCAAGUACAGUGGUACCUUGGUUUACGAACUUAAUCCAUUCCGGAAGUCCGUUCUUAAACAGAAACCGUUCUUAAACCGAGGCGUACUUUCCCUAAUGAGGCCUCCCGCCGCUGGUGCCCUUCCACCGUGCGGAUUCUGUUCUUAGACCGAGGUAAAGUUCUCAAACCAGGACACUAUUUCCGGUUUUACAGAGUUUGUAAACCAAAUCGUUCUUAAACCGGACUGUUCUUAAACCGAGGUACCACUGUAUAACUUUUAGAAAGGAAAGAACUUUGUACAGAGGUGUUGAGCGAUUUCCCACUCAAGUAUAAUCACAUUUUUUCUCUUUAAAACAAACAAGUAUCUACUAAUACCUACACACACACACACACACACACACACACACACAUUUAGGAUAGUGGUGUUUGUCUUUCCAUGAUAGUCAUAGGUUUAUUUAUUUACUGCAUUUUCUACAGAGUUGUACUCACACCAGUUUGCAAAAACAACAGUCUAAAUGCACCAACAUAUCAGACCACCCCAGGUGUUAAGUUCAGCAGAGGGGACCCUCUUGGUAGUUCCACCUCCCUCAGAAGUCCAUUGGUGGUGGUGGCGUGGCCUAGGAGAAGGAAUUACCUGUGUCAGUCCCCAAGUUGUGGAAUUCCCUCCCCAUAGAGGGGUGUCUGGCUUCUUCAACGUAGAGCUUUUGGCUCUUUACCAUGGGCUUUGGCACCUGAGAUAUUGUGUUUUCAGGAUCCACCCUAAUCUCGUGGAUAUAAAACAUUAAAACUGUUUUUAAUUCUGAAUUUGAAAUUGUUAUAACCUGCCCUGAUACCAGCUGGUGAAGGAUGGAUGACAACGAAAUACUGUAUUCAUUGUAUUGUAUUGUAUUGUCACUAUAAUAUAAACUAUGACACCCAUCAGCAAGUAAUAAUUCAUUUAAAACAGAUCGAAGAAAAUUAUUGAGCAUAAAGCUUGCCAAUAGUUCAGUUAAUAUCCCUAAGUAAAGCUAAUGUCAAUGGUUAACAAACAAUGCACACACAUCCUUUUAUCUAAACUCAAAAGUGAAGAACUGCCUUGCAAUUCUUCCAUUGGCAGCUCCCUUAUGAAGCCUCCUGGAAUUUGUUGGGUGGGGUAUGGCAGAUACAAGCAGACAUGCCCUAAUGGCAAAACAUUAGCCACGUUAAUGACUUCACACUCAUAGCAGUAAGCCAAAGAAUGACUUACUGGAGCCAUGCAAAUGUUCUACAGCUCCCAGAGAGGAGCUCACACACCCCUUUGUUCCUUCCCCGCUCCUUUAAAGCACAGUGCAGCUUGGCUUCACUUGCUGUCCAAAGCUGCAAUUGUGGUUAAGGUCUCCUCCUAAACUCUAAUCUGUGGCCAAGGUUUGUCCUGUGGUUACAGAUCCUUGUAAAGGAGAAGGGAUGCUGUUAAACCGUGAUUCCGGCUUCAAACAGCACACGAUCCCAAGCCUCAUCUUAGCAGCAGCGCCGUUCUGAGUGAAAAGGUCCAGGGAGGAGUAGAGUGGGUGCGGGCCCCUCUCUGGAAGCUAGCAGGCUUGUAAGCCAUAGUUUGAUAGAUCCAUGACAUGUGAAAUAGACCUCAGUCCUGAUCGUCAUGGGAUGGUCAAAGCACUUUCUUUUUUGGAUGCUGCGAUAUCUUGGAAGUACAGAAAUAUCCCUGCAGAUCUGCAAAGGUGGAAAAUAAGAGGCUUCUGAAAAAUAGCAUACCAGAUGUAGGACCUUCCUGUUCCCCUCACUGUGGUGUUUUAAAACAUACAUUUCAAAGGCUUAAAGAAAACCAAAAACCUCUUUCUCUCCAGGCCAUACCGUUCUUGGCUUCCAAAAGUUGCAUUUGCAAAUUUCAAGGGCUUUGCCUCUUCAGUUCCUUAUAUUGGUUUGGUUUUGGAGAAUAGCGCUGUGAAUCUAUGACACUGUGUGCAUAUGCAUGGGGGAGGCUAAAAGAGAGAGAUGCGUGAAAGGAGGAGGAAAGACCUCUCUCACUCUUGCUUUCCUCCUCUAGCACGCUCUUUUUAGGCUGCUGUGUUUUGCUUUUGUCUUAUUGGCCAUCAGUACAAUGACCCAGUUAACUGCGGUAUCACAGUGUGCUCCCUCCCCCACACUUCCUUUCCCCUGGCAAGACUCGGCACUCUCAAAUUUCCCUCCCUAGUUCAGGAGGAAUGGUGCUUCUCAGAGCUACAUUCCUUUGGAAAAGCAAAGCGGGGAACGUGCUCCCUUUGGCCGUAGUAGCAGAUGGCCGACUGUGACUAGAGGCAGCUAUAGCACAAUGCCGACACACUCCCCGUAUCUGAAUGCAUGCGCAUGCACCAGUGCUGCUUCUCAUUUCCAAAGCAACCUCGGUUCAGCUGCGAUGUUGCAGGGGUGAACAAAAAAGGCAGACCUUUAAAAGUGCCCCUUUGCCUUCUGAUAAUGACGUUAGCUUUUUCGUUUCGUCUUAAAAUCAUGAGCUCUCUUACCUCUGUCUUCACGUUAUAAAAAAGUGCAGCAAGAGAUGGCAAACCUAGAUCUAGCUUAUUCCUGACUUUCUCCAUUAUCUUUUAGAUAUCUCUAGUAAUGGAGUUUGAAUUUAUAAUUGCAGGCUCUUACUAUGCCAGCAGGUGUUCUUUAUCUUAGUAGAUUUCCCAGUUGGUUCUCUCUGUAUGACUGUUGAAUUCUCAAACCAUACUCUCAAAUGUCACUACGUACCCAUAUAUGAAUAAAGUUUUGUAUGAGGUGCUCCUUUCUUACAGUUUUCUCCUUUGACCACACUAUCAUAUUGAUUUGGGGUUUUUUGUGUGUGAACAUACAAAGCUACCGUAUGCCGAAUCUGACUAUUGGUCUUAGCAUGAAAGCAUCUUCUAGGAUGAGCAGUGCAGAUUACAAAUAUCUCAGGCAGACGUCUUUUCCUAAACUAAUUUUUAAGUGAGAAUGCUAGGGACUGAACAGACAACUCCCCAUUUGCACAGGGGUUACGUUCCAAGGCACCACAAGUUUAUGUACAAUCUCGCAUAUUUGAAACACCAUUGGAAAAGCCUGCAAACACCCUCUAAACCACCUGAAACCCUUUAAAAAACCCUUUUAAAACCAGCAGCACAUACCAGAUGCCAAACCCCACCACAGCCACUCCCUCCAAACCUCCUUGCUCAAACUCCCAACUCUCCACAGGCCUCAACAGUCAGUACAAGGACUCCUGGGAUUGCAUUUGCAAAGGCUUGUAGGAUUGUUAGGUGCUGCUUUUGUGUCUUUUUUGCCCUUUCUGGACUCUCUUAGGGCUGUUUUUGCCAUUUAUAAAGUCACUUCUAGUUUUGGCAUGAUCGCCGCAUGCGCAGUCUUGCUUCAGUUGGACGCGUAUCAAUUGGUUGUUGCCUGUAUAUACAAAUAUGUGCUGUACAACAGAGUUAUGGGCGCUGCAUUUGUCUAUCUAGUUCCAUCAGUACAUUGGUACCUUAUAAGAGUAGCAAAAGACAAUCCACUGCCCUGGGGAUCUACCUUACAAUCUAAAUUUCAACAGAGAAAGAGAGGGUUGAGGAGGGGAAAGUAGGAAGGGGGGCAAGACAAGGUUAACAAAGCAGCAGAGAGAGGGCAAGAAUGGACAAGAUAACCAGGAUUAGAGAUUAAUGUGCCGCAAAGGCAGCUCUGUGCUUAGCUUUGUUUACCAUGGGAUGUGAACUAAGACCAAGGCAAAGACCUCAUGGAAGAGGUGGGUUUCAGGGAGGCUGAUGUUCCUACCUGAAAUAAUUCUAUGUUCGUGUUCUGGAGAUUCUGCCUGGAUUCAGGGAAUUGGAUGGCUUUCGAGUUCCCACUACACUGAUUUAUAUGGUGCGAUCCAUUCUUCACUAGGCUUUGUAUUUAGUUCAUAAAGAAAUGGGAGUCAUAUAUGCACUGCAUUCACAUGUUGUACCCUUUUGAAAUACAGUGGUACCUCGGGUUACAUACGCUUCAGUUUACCUACGCUUCAGGUUACAGACUCUGCUAACCGAGAAAUAGUACCUCAGGUUAAGAACUUUGCUUCAGGAUGAGAACAGAAAUCGUGCUCCGGCGGUGCAGCGGCAGCUGGAAGCCCCAUUAGCUAAAGUGGUGCUUCAGGUUAAGAACAGUUUCAGGUUAAGAACGGACCUCCGGAACGAAUUAAGUACUUAAUCCGAGGUACCACUAUAUUAUAUUUGACUGUGAUAUAUGUCACUCUUUACAGAGCAUCACCUUAAUAGAACUGGAUAAAUAAGGGUUUGGGUAUUUCUCUCUCCUCCAUAUGUACAGUGGUACCUCGGGUUACAUACGCUUCAGGUUACAGACUCCGCUAACCCAGAAAUAAUACCUCGGGUUAAGAACUUUGCUUCAGGAUGAGAACAGAAAUCGUGCUCCGGCGGUGCAGCGGCAGCUGGAAGCCCCAUUAGCUAAAGUGGUGCUUCAGGUUAAGAACAGUUUCAGGUUAAGAAUAGACCUCCGGAACGAAUUAAGUACUUAACCCGAGGUACCACUGUACUUGGCUAUCCCUGCUGCCAACAUGGUGCCCUCCAGAUGCCACAGACUCCCAGCUCCCAUCAUCUCUGACUAUUGCCCAUUCUUGUUGGGGCCGAUGUGAAUUGGAACCCAGAAACUUUGGAACUUUGAUGUAGCACCUCAUCAGCAAGUUCCAACCUUUACACACAUACGUUAGUUGAACAGAUGCUGUGUAUUUUCUUUCGCCCCCAACCCUAAAUCCUGCCACUAGUUUGCUAGAACAUUAUUUGCUUAUUUGGGGAACUUCCUCUCCAUCUUUUCUGAUUCUAUACAAUGGAGGUCAAGCUUCUUUUUUGCUGAGAUCCCGGAGGAAAUGAAUCUUUCUGACCUGUGUGGAAGAAUGGGCGACCCAGCUUCUGCACACCGGCCAUAGCAGGGCUUUUGUGUCUCUGCUUCCUUGCCACAGGAAAUGCUGUAAAUAGAGAAAAGGAUGGGGUGGAAGGAGUUUAGGGCUACCAGAUGAGAGCUGAGCACCACUCCUGGUUUUCCUGUUAGCGUUUUGUCUUCUGCACAUCCGUCUUCUACAUAUAAACUUAUUGUUGUCUCGAAUGUCACUUUUUGUGUUUUGCGUAGUCUGAUAACCUUGAAGCUUUGUUUUGUUUUGCUUUGUUUAAAUUCCCUCUAGGAAUCCUAAACGGUGACACAGGGUGUCUUUCUUUAAGCAUUUUGAAGUGGCUCAAACCUAAAUAAUGUAUUAUCUAAGCCCGUGGCUGUGGUUAGAAAUCUAAACACACAUCCACUUAUGACUGAGGAAGAGGAUGCCAUUUUCUUAACAAGUGAGUGGCAUCAAUUUGAUACUUAACAAGGAGUAAAACUAGGAACGAUGCCAUCUUUUUGAAGGUGUGUGGGGUCUUCUAUGUUGGAUUUUGAAAAUUCCCAAAUAAAUGGCUCUAAUGUAAUCUAAAGGUGAAUAAAUUGGUUAUAUUUCACACACAAGAGUUCUUGGAAGGUUUAAUUGAGAGGCUGCAUAGUGCAGCUGUAAAACAGGAAAAAUUCAAACAAGGAAUUGGGUAAGAGAAUAAGGAUAAACCUUAAUGCCAUUAUACAAUCUCUAUUGCAUCAUGGCUUUAUCUAACAUGCUAAGUAUGGCUGUAGCUGCUGCCCCUCCAUCCAAAAAAUGCAAGAUUGUGGGGAGAUACAGAAAUAGUGGUUUGGAGCAUUUAUUUUUUGGGUGGGGAGGACAGCUGGGGAAAUGGACAUAGUUUUAUAAAAUGUUGCAGAGAUAGCGCCUAAUGGAAAGAGAUGAUUCUACCAUUAAUGAAAACAAACUAUUUCUAAGCAAGACCUUACCUGGAUAUUAAUUUUAAUGGCAAUGCUUGGAAAUAGUUAAUGGUGCAGUAAAGGAACUGCUAGGAGGAUGCUCUCAGUGAACACCAAGGCAUGUCUACAAUAGCUUCCCUACACUGAAUCAGGCCACCAAUCUAACCGUUUUUACAAGAGCAAUCAAACUGCAAAACAAUCUUUUGCAUAUUUACUUAGAAGUAGGUCGCACUGUGUUCAAUGGUUUUAUUCCUGAGGAGAACAUGCACACCUUUAACAAAGGUACUGAAUGACAGACACAUGAAUAGCAGAAUGCUCCAUUCAUAUAAUUCACAUUCAGUUUCAGUAACAUUUUGGUUAUACUUUGAAGAUAUACCCUAACAUCUUGGUAUUCUUACCUCUCUAUUUGUUGAGUAAAACUAUUUGCAUUCCCAACUAACCGUCAGUAUGCUGUGCUGCUGUAACUAUGACACCAGUAAAAACCUCUGUUUUGUAAGAUGGGGAAAACUUAAAACCUGCAAUCUUAGUUUCUCCAGGUGUCUUUACUACUAUUUAUCUAGUGACUCAUUUCUUUCUUUAGCUCAGUCACACACUACUGGCUUGUCUAACUGAUCAUUUUUUAUAAGGAUUAUUGUGUGCAUGUGAAAUGCAUGACCACGUAUGGAGAACAGUAUUUAUUAGUAUAAAUAUGGAGGAGGAGAGGAAAAUUUUUGCAGUGAAUACUGUGUUGACCAUUUAGAUCAGACCAUCUAGAAUAAAAGAAUAAGCUGCUGUAAUUUGAGGUUGGAAGACGUACAGCUUGUAAGAGUGUGGUUUCAUUUCUGAAAAUCUGCUUCAUAUUUGAACUUUUGCAUAUUAUACGGGUGUGUUCCUUUCAUUAUGAAUUUCUGCCUCUACUUCCCUGUCCUAUUAACUUUGGGGUGGGGAAUCCUUAUAUGAACUUAAGUUCAGAAAAUGUAACUGCACUGGCUUCAUUGAAAAUUUAAGUGCAGAAUCCACACAGAAUUUCCUUUGAAUUGUUCCCAGUGUUACUUUGCGUUACUUUGGAUUACUUUGCACAAAUAGAAGAAGAGAGAGCUCUUCCUCCAAUAUCGAGCCACAUUUGAUUUCUGACAACCUUGGUGCAAUUUGAUGUACACAGAUUCCUGCCUAAUGAAGUGCAGGCAUUCACUUGGCCUGUCCUGGUUCCCCAAAAGUCCAGUUGUCCAUCUUGAUAGCAACCUGUUGCAAGUGUUUCUGGUGCAGAUCUAACCUUGGAGUCUUAGAGCUUCUUUUUGACAUAGCCUCCCGAUUAGGGGAAAACCCUGUGUGGUUUGACUUUCUUUUUUCAGUGGCUCCUGUGGAUUGCGGGGGUGGUGUGUGUGUGUGUGUGUUGCGUAUGUCGGGAUAGGAAGAAAGGAAGGAAGGGGGAACUGAAAUUAGAAAAGGAGCCAAAGAGCGGCUGCUGGUGAAAGAUGAUUACAGCUCAUUUCAAGGCCACUUCCUGCAUGCCUAUGAUAGGACAGUAAACAAACGCCUCUUCGGAAGCACAGAAACGGGCAGGAACUAAUGUGUGGAAGAGAAGGGUCACAGCAGGGUCUAACUUGGCCUGGCAAGAGGAAGCUCCAGAUCACAUGGCCCUGGGAAUCUGUAGCCUUGUGUGCAUGUGAGAGAGAGUUGAGCCGAUUUUUUCUUCUUCAUCCUUUCUACCAUCCACCCUAUAGAUAAGCGAUCUCGUUUCUUCUCCUGCCCUCUUCCUCCCAUCCCCUUCUGGACAGUUGUGUGACAGUAUCAGAUGGCUGCUUUGUCCCCUUCCACAUCCCUCCCAAGAAUGCUUUGGGCAUUCCUAAGGUCAUUGUAAUGGUGAGGGCCUCCAGCCGGGACUUGACAUCCUGCCCUCUCCCAUUGCCAAUUUAUGGCCCAUAAAAGUUAACCACAAGGCCAAACUCCGCUCCUGCUGUUUCUAGAUCUCCCCAAGAUGAUGGGUGUCUCUGCCUUUCUCCUUCUGCCCUGGCCAGAGUUCUCCUUCUUUCCCCGCCAUGCCAAACCCUCAGUCUCCUUCGGAAGAUUUGUUACUUGAAGGCCCUUGGUCUUGUUUCGGAGCUUAUACUCUUUCCAAAAACACUAGAGGCACAUGCGCUCUCAAAAUGGUGCUAGGUCCAGUGCUAAAGAGCUGGUGGAAAUUAUGCCUUGUGCAUAGCAAAUACCUUAUCUCAUUGGUUAAGGUUUUAGAGCUGCCUUCCCCAACCUGGUGCCCUCUGGAUGCUUUGGACCACAAUUCCCAGCCUGGCAGGUAGUUAAGGAUGAGUGGUAGUCCAAAACAUCUGGAGGACAUCCUGUUGGAGAAGCUUGUUUUAGAGACGGCAGAGAUGGAGAAGUUAAUGAAGAGUAUCUAGUGGGGGAAUGGGCAGUCACUCCCCAUUACAAUGAUGGAACAUGAAGUCCCAUCACACUUCAUACUAACAAGAAACGUUUUCUCAUAAUUUUCCUUGCAUUUCUAAAACGUAAUGUUAAAACGCUCCAUCCCAUUGAUGAUCCUUUUUCACACAUUGGAACAAAGCAGUUUGGGAGCUGCUAACCUGUAGUGUGCUCUCAUACUGUUGGAGAGUAUAUGGGGUGUGAAUGAAGAAAUAUUGUGGGCCCUGCCUUUCUCCCAGCAGACUGUCAACUGUUUGAAGAUGGGUCAGAUGGUGGUGGGGAGAGAACCAUGUCAUCGGUCCCUCAGGUGUAGUAGCUUCAUUCUUAUAUCCUCUCCAACUGGGUUCACUCCACAAGGAAGUGAAUCAUACACCACUUACAUGCACAGAGGAGUUUCUGGGGCAUCAUGACAGAAAUUGAACAAAACUGAAAGCUUCCUCUUUCAGUUUGGAGAUGGUGUGUCCCUGACGUGGUCAUUCAUUUUUUGCAGACUGCUCCAUGGGUGUUGCUAUGUCCCAGGUGCUUGUUGUACCUUAUGUAGAAUCACAGAAUUGUAGAGUUGGAAUGUAUCCCAAGAGCCAUCUGGACCAGCCCCCUGCAAUGCAGAAACUACAGCUGAAGAACCCCUGACGGAUGGCCAUCCAACCUCUGUUUAAAAGCUUCCCAUGAAGGAGAGCCCACCAUCUUCCAAAGUAGUCUGUUCCACGGUCAAAUAGCUCUUACCGUCAGACAGUCUCUUCCUCUUUCUUUCAGUGCAUCUAGGCAGCAGAGGUUCCAAGUAGACUGGGCCUUUGAAUGGGUGAGAAUAAUCUGCUCUGAUCCUCCUUUGCUUGAUUGGGCUAAUAUAGUGGCCGGAGAAACUGAGCUGUAAAUUAGGAAGUCCCUGAUUCAGAGCUCUAGUGUGUGAUCCCUAGGUGGCUUUAGGCAUACCAUUCCCCUCUCAGCCUUAGCCACCUCCAUUUGUUGCACUGGGAGAUAAUAAUAUUAACUUGCCUUGCAGGGUUGUUGUAAAGAUUACAACAAGACAACGCACAUGAAACAUGCUGAAUGCUUGAAAAUACACCACACAAGUGUUAAGUUUUUGUUACGUUGAUCUGGUGCCCAGUGUCAUAGCCCAGUGGUAGAGCACCUGCUUUGCAUUCAGAAGUCCCAGAUUCAAUCCCUGGCAUUUCCAGAUAGGGUUGGGAAUGUCUGCUGCGUGAAACCUAGAGAACUGCUGACAGUCAGUGUAAAGGUAAAUGACCCCUGGAUGGUUAAGUCCAGUCAAAGGCGACUAUGGGGUUGCGGUGCUCAGUGGCGAAACACUGGGAAUGGCGUACAUCCGGGGGCAUGGCUGGCAUGCAUCCCAGGGGGUGGGGCAUGUCACCUGCGGGGGGGGCGUGGCGAGUGUCAAGCUGCGAGCGUUCUGGGGCAUGAGCGGCGAGUGUCCGAGUGGCGAGUGCCAAGCGUCCCGGGGUGGGGGCGACCAUGAUGGCACCCCCCGAUGGCACUCAGGAUGCACCGCCCCCCCCACUUCGUCCGCCACUGGUAGUACUGAUCUCGCUUUCAGGCCAAGGGAGCUGGUGUUUGUCCACAGACAGCUUUCCGGGUCAUGUGUCCAGCAUGACUAAACUGCUUCUGGUGCGACAGAACACCAUGACGGAAACCAGAGCAUGUGGAAACGCCGUUUACCUUCCCGCUACAGCAGUACCUAUUUAUCUACUUGCACUGGCAUACUUUCGAACGGCUUGGUUGGCAGGAGCUGGGACAGAGCAACAGGAGCUUACCCCGUCACAGGGAUUCGAACCACCGACCUUCUGAUAGGCAAGCUCAAGAGGCUCAGUGGUUUAGACCGCAUAACCAACUGAGCUACAUCCCAUAAAUUUCAUUUUCUUCUUAUCCUCUUCCCCAACCCCCAUUCCAAAUCUUGGACUCCCAUAAAUGAAGCUGCUAUUUCUGUUGUAUACACAUAAGUGAGAAGAACUGCUAACUAUACUUCUUUUUUUCCUGCCAGGCUCUGUCCAUGGCAGGGUUGCUUCUAACAAAUUUCCAAAGUGGACAGACGCCAGAGGCUUUGGGUUAUUUUUUUUCUUUCUUUCUCUUCUUCAAGAAGUAUUGUGUAAGAGACAAUGCGCUCCCCCCCCCCACCAUGGAAAGCUUUUUUUCUUUUUUCUUUAGCUCACUGGCUUUGUAUAAUGCUGUCUUAAGACGUAAUGAGAGAUCAGGGGGUGGGAGAGAGGAGAGGGGCUUCUUAAAGGCCCAGAGCUACUUUUGAAAGCAAGUAAAUUCUCCUUUCCCCACAAUUGCAUUGAAUAUAGUACAGAAGCACACUCACCUGCAGGACCCCCCCCCCCAAAAAAAAAACCUUAUCUGAAAUUGCUUUGGAAAGAAAAAUGAACAGUGACCUGAGCAGCCCUUCAUUAGAAGAUCCUUCUUAUUCAUUCUUGGCCUGAACAGCCCUGUGGCUGAUGUUCUGUUGCCCUGGGAAUGUGUUUGGCUCAUUAGGAGCCUUUCUGCCUGAUCAGUCUGCUGUGUGAUUAAAUGUGUGUUAAUUCCUCCUAGUUGGCAGCAGGUCACCAGAGGGCUGUCCUCCCACUUGUGGCGCUGCACUUCCAAAGCACAAUCUUUUUGUAUACCUGGAGUGGGGUAGAGAAUUGGUUUGCUUCAGCUCUAUGGAGUGGAGCGCAUUUGCACCAAAGCCUUGAGCACCAAAUGGUUACGGUUUGCAUUGCAAUUAGAGGCAGGCAAUGCCGCAGCUACGCCUGCUGUUUUAAGAGUUUUUAAAUGUUACUUUCAAUGGCUUGGGGACCUGUGCCUUCCUCUUACGGUGUCCAUAUGAGCAAGUGUGGCAUAACGGUUAGAGGGUUGCACCAGGAUGGGAGAGACCCGGAUUCAAAACCUUUGCCAUUAAGCACGCUAUGUUGCUAUCGGGCUAGUCACUCGCUCUCAGCCAAAUCUCCCUUGCAGGGAUGUUGUGGUGAUAAAGUGGGUGAGAAGAAGAGAACCACGUGUGUCAUCUUGAGCUCCUUGGAGGAAAGACGAAUAGAAAUGUAACCAAUUAUUUUACAGUGGUACCUCUGGAUGCGAACAGGAUCCGUUCCGGAGCCCUGUUCGCAUCCAGAAGCGAACGCAACUCGCGUCUGCGUGUGCGCGGGUCGCGAUUCGCCAUUUCUGCUCAUGCACGUGAUGUCAUUUUGACCAUCUGCGCAUGCGUGAGCGGUGAAACCCGGAAGUAACGUGCUCUGUUACUUCCGGGUCGCCGCAGCAUGCAACCUGAAAAUACUUAUCCCGAAGCUACUUCAACCCAAGGUAUGACUGUACUUCUCCUGCUUACGGUUUUUAAGUGGAAGCAAACAUCUGGACUUUUAUUUUGCUUCCCUGGCCCUAAUCCAACAGUGCUCAUAGCAUUUUGUAUGAUUUUUUUUUUUAAAGGCAUUUUAAAAAUUCGGUGGGUUUUUAAAUCUGUGUGCUCACUCUCUGCACUACUUCCAAUCAAAGAAAAAUUUGGGGCAACCGACUAAAGUUAAAUGUGAGCCCUGCAGCUUUUCCCAUCCCCUCCUGACUCAGUCACUAAAAUGCACUUGUGUCCCACUUUCAGCCAUCAAAGCAGAAAGGCUUCAGGAGCUAUAUUUAUGUUGAGAGUGACAUUUGGAUGUCGAAGGAUGUCAAAGCAUUGCUGUGGUUUGAAUGCAUACUACCGCUUGGACAGAUAGUAUUCCUUGAGUCUACGGUAUUUUAAUGGGUUUACUUGGCAAGGCAAGCUAUGCAAAUGUUGGCAGCAUGUGAAGAAUAUGUAGACUCCUCCAGGUAAGGAGUUCUGGAUUUAUCCCUGGAAGAAUUGCGUUGUUGCUUUAGUGCUACAACUACUUCUAUCUUUUAAAUUUAGCUUAUUUUAAAGUUUUUCAACAAAAGCUUGUUCAUUUAGUGGCUUUGACUGGGAUCAUCAUCUGGCUUUCCAUUUACUGAAACAUUUGCUUCCCUUUGUCCGAGUAAGCUAAAAGCACUGAAAUAAAAAAUAAAAGCUAAACUAUUUACUGGCCACUUGUUCAUUGCAGCCAGACUGACAUUGCCCAAACACUGGAGAGACUUAUAAUGUGUGCUAUUGGACUACAGGUGUGAUAUUUAGCCCUCAUGGAAAUAGUGACCCAAAAUGAUAUUUCUUCAUGGUAUUAAAAAAAUCAAAUAAUUUUUUUAUGUUAGCAAUAAGGACCAGAGUAAGAAUCCAUUGUCCUAUUAUGCUAGAAUUUGGAAUGCAUGACGCUGUAUUGUUUGUUUUUUUAUUUACACACACACACACAACUUUAUUGCAGUCCAUAGACCCAUUAUGACUGUACUUGAUGUGUUUUUCUGAUUUUUUUCCUCCUCCUAGGUAGACUGCAGCCAUGCCAUGUGCUGACACAAUGA